GAGCACAUGGUGCCAUUGAAGAUCCAAAUGAAUAAUAAUAAAUAAAAAAGUCUAUACUUGUUUGAUGUGUACGGUGUUACUGUUUUAGUGCAUUAAUUCUUAUGAAAUCAUGAAGGAAUUUUGGGAGGGGAACUAAUUACUGCAUAACUACCUAUAAGUUCACAAAGGGUAUUGUUUAGACAUCUUGGAAGUUAAAUAAGCAGCAUGGCCAUCAAAGAGGAAUAUGGUAACGACGGUUUGAAUGAAAAUAUAAGAGAACCGCUUAUGCAGGGAGAGAAGGAUAUAGCUGAUGAAGGAGGUGGAUCCGGUGCUGAAAAAAGCAGCAAAGGAAAAUUAUGUAUGGUUUACUUCAGCACAUUCGUCGCAGUGUGUGGUUCUUAUUCAUUUGGAUCUUGUGCAGGCUAUUCAUCUCCUACUCAGGAUGCUAUCAGGGAAGAUCUUUCUCUAUCUCUAUCAGAGUAUUCAGUGUUUGGUUCCAUUCUGACUUUUGGUGCCAUGAUCGGUGCAAUCACAAGUGGCCCUAUUGCUGACUUUAUAGGUCGGAAAGGGGCAAUGAGAGUUUCAAGUGGUUUUUGUGUCGCGGGAUGGCUUGCUAUUUAUUUUGCUGAGGGGGCAAUACCUUUGGAUUUAGGAAGACUGGCAACAGGAUAUGGAAUGGGAGUCUUUUCUUAUGUGGUACCAGUUUUUAUAGCUGAAAUUGCACCCAAGAAUCUUCGAGGAGCACUAACAGCUGUCAAUCAGCUUAUGAUCUGUACUGGAGUGUCUGUUGCCUUCAUAAUUGGGACAGUAAUAACGUGGAGGGCUUUAGCUCUAACAGGACUAGUCCCAUGUGCUAUUUUGCUUUUCGGUCUCUUCUUCAUUCCAGAGUCUCCUAGAUGGCUGGCAAAGACAGGAAAGGGUAAAGAGUUUGAAGUUGCACUACAGAAACUCCGUGGCAAGGAUGCUGAUAUAUCAGAAGAGGCAUUUGAAAUCCAGGACUACAUAGAAACUCUUGAACGACUCCCAAAAGCCAAAUUGCUAGAUUUAUUUCAAAGAAGAUACUUGCUCUCAGUCAUUAUUGGAGUCGGACUGAUGGUCUUUCAACAAUUUGGGGGAAUCAACGGAAUCUGUUUUUACACCAGCUAUAUAUUCGAGUCAGCAGGAUUUUCUGCCAGCAUUGGAACUAUAAUCUAUGCCAUUCUUCAGGUUAUUGUUACUGCUCUGAAUGCAGCUGUGAUCGACAGAGCUGGAAGAAAACCCUUAUUAUUGGUUUCUGCAACAGGAUUAGUUAUGGGCUGUUUACUCACCGGGGUUUCAUUCUUUCUGAAGGUUCACGAAUUGGCUCUUUCGUCGGUUCCUGCUCUUGCUGUGACCGGCAUUUUGGUCUACAUAUGUUCUUUUUCCGCUGGAAUGGGUGCAGUUCCUUGGGUCGUAAUGUCUGAGAUUUUUCCUAUAAACAUUAAAGGAGCAGCUGGAAGCCUAGCAACAUUAGUCAACUGGUUUGGUGCAUGGGCGGUGUCCUACACUUUUAAUUACCUCAUGACCUGGAGCUCUUAUGGUACCUUUCUUCUUUAUGCUGCAAUCAACGCUUUGGGUAUAUUGUUCGUGGCUACAGUCGUACCUGAAACAAAGGGGAGAACCCUGGAGCAAAUUCAAGCAGCCAUUAAUAGAUAGGGAGGCAGAAAUGGAAUAAAGACCCUUGUUUCUAGGAAUUUCUCCUUUAUACUUUUGACUGCACCAUCAUAAACAUUCACAGAUGGAAAAUGUUUCAGAACAAGAAUCAAAGGGAGUUAUCCCCUGAAACAAUUCAGGGGAUGGAUACUGAAAUCCAAGUUAUUUGCUGAAAAAAAAAAAACAGUUAUUUAUUAAGAAUCAAUGAAAAAUUAUUAGCAUU